UGGCUCUUUGAAUUUCUGGAGAUGUUGAUCACAAGUAUGUCGUAUAAUUCUGAUAAUAAUUGACCCGUGAGAUGCCCGGGACCCCCGCAGACCGUGCGAUAAGUUCUUUGACGCACUGCGAUCGGUCGUAAUAACAAUCGGCGAGAUUAUAAAUGAGACUCCCGCCGGCUUCAGGGUCACACACUUGUUGCGUUUCUACCGAGUGCGGACUGGUGCGAUCCACCGACGAUACGUGCGCUACGCUACUGAGAUAAUUUAAUAAUUCCAUUGAACCACGUGCCAUAGAUUUUUGCUUUCCUAAACGGCGGCUCGCUAAUUGCCGAAAAUGUCCAACGGAAAACUUGCUUUGUUGAGUGUCUCUGACAAGACACAACUGUUGCCGUUUGGCAAGAAAUUACACAAAUUGGGCUUUGUGUUGGUUGCAUCUGGAGGUACAGCUAAGUCUUUGAGGGACACAGGGCUCCCAGUGAAAGAUGUAUCUGAUAUCACAGGAGCUCCUGAGAUGCUUGGAGGGCGUGUCAAGACUCUUCACCCUGCUGUUCAUGCAGGUAUUUUGUCCCGCUUGAGUGAUUCCGACCAAGCAGAUCUUAAGAAACAAAAUUAUGAGAUGAUCAGCAUUGUGGUAUGCAAUCUCUAUCCAUUUGUGAAGACUGUUUCAACUCCUGGUGUAACAAUUGAUGAUGCAGUAGAAAACAUUGAUAUUGGUGGCGUUACUUUGCUAAGGGCAGCUGCUAAAAACCAUGCAAGAGUCACGGUUAUCUGUGACCCCACUGAUUACGAUAAGGUUAUCAAAGAGCUGGAAGACUCACCCGACAAAGGAACAUCUUUGAGCACUAGACAGGCACUUGCUCUGAAGGCUUUCACACAUACGUCAGACUAUGACAAUGCAAUCUCCGAUUACUUCCGCAAAGAGUACGGUGCAGGGAAAUCUCAGCUUACACUUCGUUAUGGUAUGAAUCCCCACCAAAAGCCAGCGCAGUUAUUCACCACCUUGGAGAAGCUUCCGUUGACGGUUGUCAAUGGCUCGCCUGGAUUUAUAAACCUCUGCGACGCCCUAAAUGGUUAUCAGCUUGUCAAAGAGCUCAAAGUUGCUUUGAAUUUACCAGCUGCAACUUCGUUCAAACACGUUAGCCCUGCUGGAGCAGCAGUUGGCGUUCCACUCGAUUUUGAGCAAGCAAAAUUGUGCCAAGUUGAAGAUUUGAUCGGUCAACUGACGCCCCUUGCAUCUGCUUACGCUCGAGCCAGAGGAGCUGACAGAAUGUCGAGUUUUGGAGACUUUGUCGCAUUAUCCGAUCCCUGCGAUAGCAUUACUGCUAGAAUUAUCUCCCGUGAGGUAUCAGAUGGCAUCAUUGCACCAGGUUAUACGCCAGAGGCCUUACAAAUAUUAAAAAAAAAAAAGAACGGUGGCUACUGCAUUCUGGAAAUCGAUCCAGCUUAUGAACCAGCUUCAAUAGAACGCAAAGUUCUUUACGGGCUUACAAUGGAGCAGAAGCGAAACGACGCGGUUAUUGACAAAAACCUGUUCACAAAUAUUGUCACUAAGAGAAAGGAUUUACCAGCAGACGCGAUCAGAGAUUUAAUUGUAGCAACCAUUGCUCUUAAAUACACACAGAGUAACUCCGUAUGUUAUGCAAGAGAUGGACAAAUCAUUGGAAUUGGUGCUGGGCAGCAAUCCAGAAUUCACUGCACAAGACUUGCGGGCGAUAAAGCCGACAAUUGGUGGCUUCGUCAGCACCCUAAAGUAACAGGUAUGCAGUUCAAGAAGGGAGUAAAGAGGGCUGAAAUUUCAAAUGCCAUUGACAAUUACGUGAAUGGAUUAGGUAAAGACAUGGACAGGGAAACCUGGGCAGCUGCCUAUGAAGUAGUUCCCGAAGAACUGACUGAGAAAGAGCGAUCAGAUUGGGCAAAGAAAUUGGAUGGAGUUGCUCUUGGCAGCGAUGCCUUCUUCCCAUUCAGAGACAACGUCGACCGGGCUAGAUUGAGUGGUGUACGAUAUAUCGCAAGCCCAUCUGGCUCCAAUAAUGAUGAUGUCGUGAUCAAGGCUUGCGACGAGCACAACAUCACUAUGGCACACACCAACCUCCGUCUCUUCCAUCAUUGAACUCUCCACAAACAUGAACCAUAUACCAGAAAUAUUCAAAAGCGAACAACUGAAAUUCUGGAUCUAUGGAUCUGUUGAUACUGCAACGUUUAUAGCAUAUCAUUAUAACUAGACAGAUAUUUGUACGUUAUUAUUACUACUAUUGUAGUUUUUGAAAAAUUUACUGCUCCUAGUGCAUUUUUCAAUAAAAACUGACUUUCUAUAA